UUCACGAGAACAGCUUGUCGUUCGGCGUCAGCGCUUUCUUUUUGCGAUAAAAAUGUCUUGUUAUUUUUGUCUUUUUAAGUGACGAUAGGUUUGCUUAGACUGUUCUUCAACUGUAAAUUCACUGUGCCUUUUUGCGUUGAUUGCGAUUCUUUGAUGGACUUCGUCAACCAGUUGGAAACUCCCGCACCUGAGCUGGCUCGGAGGGAGCGCUGAGGGCGCCACCUGUCCACCGCCGUGCCUGCCGCCCCGUCCGCCGUCGCCGCCGCGCUGUCCGUCUCCGGCCCGCCGUCCCCGCCCGUCGCCAUGACGACCAACGGCGGCGGCCCGCUGACGCCGCCGGCCGAGGACCAGCCGGACCAGGACACGAUCAAGAUGUUCGUCGGCCAGAUCCCGCGCCACAUGGACGAGGCCGAACUGCGCGCCAUGUUCGAGGAGUUCGGCGCCGUCUACCAGAUCAACGUGCUGCGUGACAAGGUGAGCGGCCAGAGCAAGGGCUGCUGCUUCGUCACCUUCUUCACGCGCAAGGCGGCGCUGGAGGCGCAGAACCAGCUGCACAACGUACGCUCGCUGCCCGGCAUGCACCACCCGAUUCAAAUGAAGCCGGCUGACACCGAGAACCGCAACGAGCGCAAGCUCUUCAUCGGCAUGGUGAGCAAACAGUGCGACGAGACGGACGUGCGCGGCAUCUUCGCGCGCUUCGGCCCGAUCGAGGAGUGCACUGUGCUGCGCGACCAGAACAACCACAGUAAGGGCUGCGCUUUCGUCACGUUCUCGUCGCGCCAGAACGCCAUCAGCGCCAUCAAGGCGAUGCACCAAUCUCAGACGAUGGACGGCUGCUCGGCGCCGAUGGUGGUGAAGUUCGCCGACACGCAGAAGGACAAGGACACGCGGCGCAUCCAGACCGUAGCGUCCACGCUCUGGGGCUCGGGCCUCACCAGCCCGUUCAGCCCGCAAUACCUGACGCUGCUGCACCAGCUGAGCGGCGGCGGCAUGGGCCUGCCGGCGCUGCCCGGCUUCGGGCCGCUCGGCGCCUCGCAGCUGCUGGCGCACGGCGUGCAGAACGGCCAGGGCGUGCUGACGCCGGCGGCCGCGUCGAUGCCGACGCUGACGUCGCUGGGCGUGCAGAACGGCUGCCUGAGCCAGUCGUCGGGCAGCUCGUCACUGUCGGGCGCGUCGCCCGUGUCGUCGCUGCCGUCGGCGCCGGGCAUGGACGUGCUGACGGCGUUCUCCGGCCUGCAGCAGUUCGGCGGCCUGACGGCGGCCGCCUUCGCGCAGGCGCACCUGGCCGCCAGCAACCCGGCCGGCAAGCGCAUCGAGGGCCCCGAGGGCUGCAACCUCUUCAUCUAUCACCUGCCGCAGGAGAUGACUGACUCGGACCUGGCGCACACGUUCAUGCCGUUCGGAAACGUCAUCUCGGCCAAGGUGUUCAUCGACAAGCAGACCAACCUGUCCAAGUGCUUCGGCUUCGUGUCGUACGACAACCCGGCCAGCGCGCAGACGGCAAUCCAAACCAUGAAUUGCUACCAGAUCGGCACGAAAAGGCUCAAGGUGCAGCUGAAGCGCUCCAAGGAGGCGCCACGGCCGUAUUAAGGUACGCAACAGUAGUGGAACAGUUGUAGGCUUUACGCCGGUACACAGGGGUACCGCUUCAAACGGAGAAGCCGUCCAAGUGGUAAAUUAUUGACGUGGUUCGUUGCUUCUUUUUGUACCAGAUGUACACGCGUAUGAGAAUCAAGUGUGAACGAAGACAGCUUUUGCAGCUAUUUGACUAUUUGAACAAAUAUCAACCUCUAUUAUCACGUCGAUGCAAUAUGUGUUACAAAUUCGUGGUAAAUUUAUUGUUAUUUAUAGCGUGUGAACCUUUGUUAAACCAGGGAUGGUGCGUUGUCGUUGCUUUUAAGUUAUAACAGGUCCGGUUUUGUUCGUACUUUUAGUUUAAGUUUUAUUAUUUUAUCGAGUGAAUAGAUCCGAGAUUUUGUCCUGGCCGCCCGCGAAGAAUGCCUAGGUAGAUUAAAGCCAUGCUUUCAGAGCAAGUAAGUGCUUUUCGGUGACCAGGAUGCGAGAUUAUUUUAGAGCGGCGCCACGAUAUGAUCCGAGGCGGAGACUGUCCUCCACGCUCGCAGCGCCGAGCCGCAGUCGGCACCGCUCGGCCGACGGGCGGGGCGGACGUACAAACGUUGUAGUUACCCUCGCCUGCUUAACGUUCCGGGUUCGGCUCCGCAUGGGGAACUAGACUGACCAAAGACGCUGGCGGCCGCCGGUGUGUCUUGCCCCGCAGCCUCGCUGACGGCUGGGGUGCGGGCCGUGGAGAAGCCGGGCCCGUGGUCGCGCCGACCGCAUGGACCGUUUUGUGUUGCCCCGUGUCAGCGCCGUCCGCCAGGGCCGCCGCGCCAGGCUCGCGGCCGUCGGCCCCGGAAUUGUCGCACCCGAUGCCAACUGGCAGCUACUGAAAUUUCCCAUGUGAUCGCGGCUCUGCCGCCGGAAAUUGUGCCCCGUACCUUGCGUGUUGUGUCCCAGUGGUCGUGGCGGCAACUGUCCGCCAAGUCGGCCCGCUCAGCGACCGCCCCCUUCUCGCCGGACUCGCCGCAAUCACGCCCCCGUGGGCGGCGGCGUCUCCGCUGUCUUCAGUUGUUUGUUUAGUCUAGUGUAACGUUUUUGUGUGGUGCAGGUGAUUGCUUAACAUGUUUUGGUGUCGGACGUCUCUGUCGGGCAGACAGGAGGUCGGACCGCCGUCCCGGCCGUCGUUGCCUGACGGAACGGAGCCAGCCAAAUUGUCCAGUUAGCCACUCGUUUUCGUGAGGCGGGGCAAGGGAGGAAAAUGAGCGGGCAUGUCCGUUUGCUUAGUUAAUCACUAUCCGUUCAGCAUCCCAUGAUCUUUGCAAGCGUCGUUUUUGUUGUCGAUUCGCCGGCUUUCAGAUUUGUUUUCUGAUCGAACGCUAGCUUCGUUAGAGCGAAUUUUUCCUCCCCGGCCCGCGUUUGCGAUCACAUGGUUUGGGGUUCCCUGUCGUUUAUCGUUAAGCUAGCCAUUAAGUUUGCUUCGCUGGUUGGGUUUCGAGGUGGCGCUGUCGUCGGAGGUGGUUGUUUACACCGUCGUGGAUCAUGUUUGUAUCCGAUUGCCCGUGUACUCCGUCCGCCUCGUCCCUGUCGCCAUGCGGCCCGCGUGGGCUCGGGCGCUUUGGGCACUCCCGCCAGCCAAACACCCCGUACUUGGACGUGGCAAGCCUGGAUAUACUUUGUACUGAUGUUAAAUUGUAUUCUGUAUACCAUGUUAUUUGAAUAAAUAUUCUUUAUUAUGGA